UAUUAAUACUUUCAAUUUGCCUGGGAGGAGGGGAACGAGGAUCAAGAUGGUCUACAUCGAAAACAGACAAGUGUUGGACAGCAGGAGUCAGUCCCCAUGGAGAUUAUCUUUGAUAACAGAUUUCUUCUGGGGAAUAGCUGAGUUCGUGGUUUUGUUUUUCAAAACUCUGCUUCAGAAAGAUAUGAAAAAGGGAAGAGGCUACGGAAACUCAUCUGAUUCCAGAUAUGAUGAUGGAAGAGGGCCCCCAGGAAACCCUCCCAAAAGAAUGGGUCGAAUUAAUCAUCUGCGUGGCCCCAGUCCUCCUCCAAUGGCUGGUGGAUGAGGAAGCAGACAACUGGACAUGCACAUUCAUAGUGGAAGGAAACCAUCAAGCAGUGAAGGGCUGACCAGGAUGGACAAGUAAAUGAACGUGUAUGUCUAAACAAGAAUUACUCUGUGUCCUCACAGACGAAUGAGGUCGUGUUGGGAAUUCCCUCACAGGGAUCUGGCAUGACUGACAUGCAAUUCUAUAAAUGCACAUGUUUGUCUCAUUAUCUUUUUGUAUAGUUUAUUCAAAAUUUUAAA